GGUGGGCAGGCCCCUCUGACACUUGGUGCAGUCGGAGGGGGGAUAUUUAACUUGGGACUGCGCUCCUCUCGCUGCAGACACACACUCACACACACAGUGUGCCUAAGCAAAGAAAUGCUCCAGCGCCAAGUCUCUCAGACUCCUGCAGUGGGAGCGACUCAGUAGAAGGCAGAGGAGCGGACAGGAGCCCCCAGGAUCUGACUUUCCAGACUGUGAUGGACUGUGUCAUCAUGCAGCGACCUCGCGGUGUGAAGCGUUUCUGAGGAGAAAUCUGAACUAUUGUUGUCUUUUGCAGCCUUGAAACGCACAGGAGCUGCUGCAUUUUCUGACGCGUUCUCAUUUCUCUCAUCUGAUGCUCAGCCAGGAUCUCUGUGGAACAACCUCAGACUUUCAUUUCAAGGAAAACUGAUCCACGUUUUGGAUCCUCCUCUGGAAAGAUAAAUGGCUCCAAUUUCAUAAGCUGGUUUUGCGCAUCUCUGGACGUUUCCAAGCGCACAUAUACGCUGCUGGGAUAAUACAAGAAGCCAUUUCUAUACAGUCCUCUCUCGGUUCAUGGACUGUACGUCCUGGGACUUUGUCAAAGCCGACUGCGUCCGGCGACGUGAAGAGAAAGCCGCGUGCGUAAAAAUAAAGUCACUGCCGGCACCGGACGCGUGAAAAAUAAAACUUGGUGAAGAGCGCUGGAUUGUUUCGUCUCCUCUGAAAACACUUCAUUCCACGCUGCUCUCGCCUUGGCCGCUGUCAUCCAGUGCAGACACUUCGAGUCUCCGCGGUAACCAUGACAACCGAAAGAAACCCAAAGUGAAUCCAAGGAGCGGGGUGAGGCAGCAGAGCGCCUGAAUAGACUGCAGUUUUCCCCAUUUUUUGCGCUUUUCCGUGGGGGUUGUCUGUGCGUCUGCUCCAAAGCAGAGCUGCACAUAUCAGCCCACGCUGCCUUCCAAACCCAACAGAGGUCUAUUAAAAGUAUCGCCUCUUUAUGAAGCCUUGCCUCACAGGCAGCGCACUAACUCUGAGAACUGACUGAUUUAUGCUCCAGAACUGCGCAUAAGCCGGAGGGAUAAUAAUGGGCCUCUCGCAAACGCUGCUCAUUUACGCGCUGGUUUGCGUCCACUUCGGAGUCUCCCAGCAUUUCCUGCGCCUCCGUCCGUUGCCUAGUGAUCACCUCCCCGUCCCUGACCUGAAGGAGGACCCCGACCCGGAGUACGACCCUCGGGAGCAGGACUUGGCCGAGAGGACUCUAAGGAAAAAGCUCGGCAGCAACUUUGAUCCCAACUUCAUGUCCAUCAGCUUACCAGUGGUGAACAUCUCCACGCCAGAGCCCCUGGGGAAGCCAGGGCCCAUGCCUACCGAGAUUAAAAAACUGGACCUCACAGAGACCCCCUAUGGGAAACGGGUCAAAGUGGGCAAGAAAGCCCGGAGGAAAUUCCUGCAGUUGCUGUGGACCUUUACGUACUGCCCAGUGGUGUACACCUGGAAGGAUCUGGGCGUGAGGUUCUGGCCACGUUACAUCAAGGAGGGGAACUGUUUCUCGGAGCGCUCUUGCUCCUUCCCUGAGGGGAUGUCCUGCAAGCCCGUCAAGUCAGUCAACAAGAUUUUCCUGAGGUGGUAUUGCCAAGGGUUUCUAAGACAGAAAUACUGUACGUGGAUACAGGUGCAAUACCCAGUUAUCUCAGAGUGCAAGUGCUCGUGCUGAUUCCCCCUAAAGGAGGAAGUGGGGGUGAGGGGGUGACGAGGAGGAGGAGGGAGGACUGGAAACAUGGUCUCUAUUGCACUGUUGACUCUCUACAGAGGUGGGCACCAUAGCAAAUCUAUUUUUUUAAAAAUAGCAUUUAAAGUGAAAUACCAACCUUGUACAUAUUUAAGGAAAAAUAAUGCAGCUAUUUUUUCUAAACGGACUCGGACCAUAUUUUAUUCCAGCCCUGAAAAGUUGUGUGUGUGUGUGCGUGUUUUCUUUGUUUUUUGUUUGUUUGUUUUUUGGGAAACCGAAGUACUUCAUGAGGAAGUGCUUUUAUAUAUAAAUUUAUUUUUAUGAGACAUUAAAGAUGGAAUUCAUAAUAUGCUA